AUGGACGACAACAUCUCCACCUUUAUCGCCAUCACGGGCGCAAACGCCGAUGUCGCCCGUAGUUUCCUCGAGAUGACUGCGGGCAACUUUGAGCGUGCCAUCGAGCUCUUUUACGAGAACCCUGACCUUGCUUCCGGUGUGGGAGCUGGUCUUUCAGCGAACACUGCAUCAACGAACCAGCCCGCGCCCGCGACCGCACCCGCCCGAGGCAACAUUGGGAGACAAGACUCGGACGGCAUCAUUCAUAUCGACAGUGAUGAAGAUGAGGAUAUGCAGUUUGAGGAGGAUAGCGACCGGGAGGAGGAGAACCAGCGAGCCGCGGCCGCUCAGGCGGCAGCCCUGGCACAAGAGGAGGAGGACAUGGCUAUGGCCAAGCGGCUGCAGGAGGAGCUUUACCAAGAAAACCACGGCUCUGGAUCGGGGGCCGCCGGCGAUGUGAGAGCACCCAUUGCGCGAACCACCGAAACACUUGUGGCUCCUGGUUGGGGCGGCGGCGAGCACGAUGAUGGGAUGGAAGCAGCUUUCUUGGAGGAGCUGCGACGGCGGCGACAACAGGCAGCUAACGCAUCUCGUACUGGUGGACCAUUUUCACAGCAAAUAUGGGGCGAUCCCGAGCGUCGUCCUACUCAGUCGACCGAGAAUGGCUCCCACGCAAGACGGCUCGAGGACCUGUUUCGACCCCCAUACGAUCUUAUGGCGCGUAUGACCUGGGAUGAGGCCCGUACGCUUGGCAAAGAAGACAAGAAAUGGAUCAUGGUUAAUCUCCAGGAUAUGAACGACUUCAACUGCCAAGCCUUGAACCGGGACAUCUGGAAGGACAAGGCUGUUAAGGACUUGAUUUCGGAAAACUUCAUCUUCCUGCAGUACGACAAGGACUUUCCUGAUGCCGAAGAGUUUAUCACUUUUUACUUCCCCAACCAGUCCCACGAGAAUCCCGACAAUUACCCUCAUGUCUCCAUUAUCGACCCGCGAACUGGCGAACAGGUCAAGGUCUGGAGCGGUAGACCAUUCCCCAGCGCCGGGGACUUUCACGCCGAGGUUGCUGAGUUUUUGGAUCGGUACAGCUUGGCCGCCAACAGCAAGAACCCGGUGGCCAAGUCAACAGCCCGGAAGCCAAAGCAUGUGGACGUAGAGCGCAUGACAGAGGAGGAGAUGCUGGAAAUGGCCCUGAGGAACAGCUUGGAGGGCGCUUCUGGAAGCCAAGGAUCGAGUGCGACACCGAAUGUUCAUGACCCCGAUGCCUUGACAAAGUCACCAGGACCAGCGGAUGUUGGCAAGGGCAAGGAGCCUGAGGCGCCAGUUGAGCAAAACCCUUGGGCUUUGAUCUCCAGCACAAACCCACAUACAGAGCCAGAGAACAACCCUGCUACAACCACUCGAAUCCAGUUCCGACACCCUACCGGCCGUGUUAUCCGACGAUUUAACCUCCAAGACUCAGUACGCCGGAUCUACGAGUGGCUCAAGGCUGAGCCUCUGGAGGGCAAGGAUGGAAUCGAGUUUGAGCUCAAGAAGAUGCCACAGGGCCAGGAUCUCCUGGAGAGCCUGGAUGCGACCAUCGCAGACACUGGGCUGAAGCAAGGGACAGUGAUGAUCGAGUUCAUCGAGGACUAA